AUGUCCUUCUUUCUCUCUCACACUAUCUCUUACUCGAUAACUUUCAGUCCUUUUGAUCGCCAGUGUCUCUCGUUCAACUUUUUUCUUUUCUUUUUUCCUCACUUUCUUUCCACCUUUCUUUUGCUAAUCAUGACUCUCUCACUUUUCGUCAUUUUCCUUUCCUUCUCUUACGAUUUCCUUAGUUUUUGUUGUUGUCGUUUCUCGUAUUAUCCAUUCUCUGCCUUUCUUUUAAUUAUUCCUACCUUAGUCCUCCAUCUUGUUUUCCCCUUAAACACAUUACUUUUCCUUUCUUUCUUUCUUUCUUUCUUUUUAUUCCGUUCUUUGAAAUCAUUUACACGUCCAGUUACUUUUCCUUUCUUUCUUUCUUUCUUUCUUUCUUUCUUUCUUUCUUUCUUUCUUUCUUUCUUUUUACAUUUUUUAUUCCAUUUCUAUUUCUUUAUUUCUUUCCCCAAGAGGCAUAAAUUAUCUUUGCGUCUAAUCCAGUUAUUUUUCUUUUUCUUUCUUUCUUUUCUUUUUUUUUUAUUCCCUCUCUUUGAAUUCAUUUUCGUCCAGUUUCUUUCUUUCUUUCUUUCUUUUUCUUUCUUUCUUUCUUUCUUUUUUAUUCCGUUCUUUGAAAUCAUUACUUUCUUUCCUCAAGAAACGUCCUCUCUCUCUCUCUUACUAUAUUCUUUUACGUUCGUUUUCUUUCUUUCUUUCUUUUCAGUUUUUGCUGUUCAUAUUUCUAAAUACUUUUUUUUAUUUAUUGCCUCUAUUGUUUACUAUCUAAUUUAUUUCCUCUUUCACUCUUCUGUUUAUUCGUCUCUCCCUCUCUCUUUCCUUUUCAUUAUCUUCCAUGUUUCUUUCUUUUCUAUUCUUUCCUUUUUCGAUCUCUUUAAUUUCUUUCUUCCGUCUUUCGAGAUAUUCUUCCCUUCAUUCUGUUUCAAAUAUCGUCCUCCUCUUUCUUUUUUUCUUUCUUUCUUUUUUUUCUUUCUUUCUUUUACACUUUCUCUCACAGUGCUUAUAUUUCAAAUAUAUUUUUUUCUAUCUAUCUAUCUAUCAGUGAUUGUGCUUAUGGAUAAGAUGGGAAGUAGAGGAAAAUCCGAGCAAUCUAUCUAUCUAUUCAGGACAUUGUUGCUUUUACCGUUUUCGUUUGUUUCUUUGUUAGUAUUUUCCCAUUUCUUCUUUAAUUUCUGUUUUUAUUCACCUUACUUUCUUCGGUUCAUUCCGUUCGUUUUUCAUUCCUACGCGCCAUUUUCUGUUCUUUCGUGUUUUACAUCUUUCUUUUUUUUUUCUAUUUUUUCUUUUUUAACUCUUUCUUUCCUUCAUUCUCAUUUUCUUUCUUCUGUCUCUCUUUUCUUCUUGUUCUUACCUUUCGUUAUUUUUUCUUUCUUUUUUUUUACUUAG